AUGAGAGUCGGGCGAGUAGCUCCGCUCGGGUGGGUUGGCUUACUAGUCGCGGUGCCAGCGGAUGGAGCAGUCGACCCGCGCACGUCAGGUUUGCGUCAAUGCACAUGGCACGCGUUAGACGAUCGCGGGCUCAUCGACUUUCUGCCUCGUAAGGUCAUCGUCUUGUCUCGUCAUGGCGUGCGCGGACCCUAUGGAAUGGGCACUGAAGCGCCAUCGGAAGAGAUGAUGAACAAGUACGUGCGCAAUCCGGAUGUCAAGCUACCCCUGAGUGCCUACGAAUGGGGCACUUCGGGGACUGACGACCCGAGGGAGACCGUGUCACCGAAGCUCACGAAGCAUGGUUUCUUUGUCGUAGAGCGCAUGGGAGAGUACUUUCGAGAUCACAUGUACCGUGAAUUUUUGAACGCCACGUGCAAAGAAACGUUUGCAUAUGCUGAUAACAACGAGCGAGAUAAUGUGACUGCGGUCGCGUUCCUGAGUGGACUCUAUCCUCUGUGCGAAGAACUCGUGCCAAUGACCGAGAAGACGCAGUUUCUGUUUGAGCAGGGACAAGACCCUACAGCAAAGUGCCCUGUGUGCUCGAAAGCCAUGUACGAAGGCAUCACCGGAAACAAUGACACGAUGUUUGUGCUACCAGAGAUACGGGAGGAAGUUGCUGUAGUCAACGACGUUCUUCAGUGUUGUGCUGCAUCUGUAUGCAACCUUAUCGAGGAGUCUGCUAGCAUCAAUUCGACACAGAGCCCCACCACGUGCGACUUGUUUGGCAUCCCCACGAAAUGGAACGGGGCGUUUUAUCUGCCUUGGAGAGACACUCUCUCGAAUGCGGACUAUUUUUCUGAAUGGUUGCUGCUGCAAAGUCUCAACAACAUGAGCCUGCCUUCGCAGUUGUCAUUCGAGAAAGUAUUGUCUCUAGCCAAGAUCCACGAGACUCACAUGGACCUCAUUACCAAUGAAAUCAACAGCGCAAGCUUCGGCGGGACGCUACUCGCCCAUCUCACAGCUAGUUUUGAGCAGAACGUACUGCAAAAGACGUUGCCCGUGGCAAAGGGCGAUGGGCCUCACCUUGCCCAAGGACCGGAGAACCGACUGCUCUACUACGCUGCCCAUGACAUCAAUUUGCUGUAUGUCCGCAACUUGUUAAGAUUGCAGUGGUAUACAAAAGGCUGGCACCCGCAUCAGCCAGUGCCAGGAAGCAUGCUAGUUUUUGAGCUCCAUGCGACACCAGCAAAGACUAAUGACCAACCUUCUCCCAGCAUGUCCGAGUCUCGAAAGCUUCAGUCUACAACUACGGCUGAGGAGUACGCAACUUGGCGCACGGAAGGAGAAAACGGGCUGAAUCUUGUCGAUGACAGUCGGUUUUAUGUUAAGCUGUACUUUGUCGCGGCUUCUCCUCAGCAAAUUCGCAAUGGUGACAAGUUGUCCCCUGAAAAUCCUCCAGACCGUGUGCAGGUUACCAUCCCGUCGUGCUCAAAGGAGAUCGACGCUGGUGACGGAACUACGGAUAUUCGAUGUCCGUUUUCAACGUUCAAGAAGCUGAUCGGCAAGACUCUUAACCAUGCGUGCGUCGCUGACACCCUGCGUCCGUUCGUCGAGUCCUUGAUUGACGAAGAAACGAUGGACAAGGAAUCGGCGGCAAAUCGCAUCUGGGGCGUCGAGACCAGCGGUUCCGGUCGCCUCAACAACUCGUCGGAGGUAGCUGCUGUGCACGAGACGCUAUUGUGGGCGGUGUCUAGUUGCCUUGUUCUCCUCUUCGUGGUGCUUAUGAUUCGUCAUACCGUCAGGCACCACCUGAGGCGUCAAGCAUUCGAAGCUAUUCCGCUGCAAUGA